AUGGCAAACGAGAGAGCCGGGGCCGAGAUCAUGUAUGGGGAUGAAGUGUGUCGUCGCUAUUCCAUUGAUCUCCUUGAAGAGCUCGGUUUCCCAAAAGGCGUUCUCCCACUCAAAGAUUUUGUUGAGUGUGGGAGAGUUCGCCAUAGCGGUUUUGUUUGGAUUAAGCAAAAUGGUCCAUAUGAACACUUUUUUGAGGGGACUAACACACAUGCCAACUAUGCAACACAGAUAACUGCAUAUAUUGAAAAAUAUAAGAUGACGAAAGUGACUGGGAUUAAAAUCAAAAAAAUGAUGAUGUGGGUUCCUAUUGUUGAGAUGAGAAUGGAAAAUGAAAAAAGUUCCAAGAUUUACUUCAAGACCUCGGUUGGAGUAGGAAAGUCAUUUCCGGUGACUUCGUUUAUGUCUGACGAAGAAAAGAAGUAUCGUAAGCAGUCGAAGUGA